AUGCAUGCAAAGGACUUGCGAGAAUCCAAAAUUUCUUCCUGGGAACGUGUAAGUGCUGGAAUUAGCAUCAACUUUUUUCGUCUAUUUCGUGUUAUACGUUUCGUUAAACUAUUGAAUCGAGGUGAAGGAAUUCGUACAUUGUUAUGGACAUUUAUUAAAUCAUUUAAGGCAUUGCCCUACGUCUCGCUAAUUAUCGCUAUGUUAUUUUUUAUCUAUGCUGUUAUUGGUAUGCAGAUCUUUGGAAAAAUUGCUUUGGACGAUAAUACACAGAUUGAUGUUAACAAUAAUUUCCAAACAUUUUUUAGUUCAUUAUUUGUUUUAUUUCGAUGUGCGACUGGUGAAGCAUGGCAAGAAAUUAUGUAUGCGUGUGGACGAAGUGCAAGUCUAAAAUGUGAUGAAAGAUCCAAACCAAAAGCCAGUGAUACAUGCGGCAGCUAUUUUUCAAUACCAUAUUUUCUCUCAUUUUAUAUUCUUUCUUCAUUACUCAUGAUUAAUUUGUUCGUGGCUGUUAUUAUGGAUAAUUUUGAUUAUUUAACGCGUGAUUGGAGUAUUCUUGGUCUACAUCAUCUUGAUGAAUUUGUUAGAUUAUGGUCCAAAUAUGAUCCAGAAGCAAAAGGAAGAAUCAAACAUCUUGAUGUAAUAACUUUACUAAGAAAAAUAAAUCCGCCACUUGGUUUCGGCAAAUUGUGUCCACAUCGUGUAGCCUGCAAGAAACUCGUUUCAAUGAAUAUGCCACUAAAUGUCGAUGGAACUGUUAUGUUUAAUGCCACAUUAUUUGCAUUGAUUCGUACAUCACUGAAAAUAAAAACUGAAGGAAAUAUUGAUCGAGCAAAUGAAGAACUACGUGCUGUUAUUAAAAAGAUAUGGAAGCGUACACCACAGAAACUCUUAGAUAAUAUUAUACCACCACCAGGAAGCGAUGAUAAUGUAACGGUGGGCAAAUUUUAUGCAACAUUUAUAAUUCAAGAUUGUUUCCGACGAUUUAAAAAACGUAAAGAACAAGCAGCAAAACAAGCUGUAUUAGGUUUAUCGGGUGCAAUGAAACAUUCCACAGCUGUGUUAGCUGGCUUAAGACAACUUCACGAUCUUGGUCCGGAAAUACGACGAGCUAUUUCAGGUGAUUUGGAAGAGGACGAAAUGUUUAAUAAAUUUUGGAAAGAAGAAGAACCACAACAUCGGCGUGAUCAUUCAUUAUUCGGACCGGUAGUGGGCACCGUUCAACGAGCAAUGCGUAAACCGCAACAAUUUCUUGGUUAUGUUCCUGGUUUAACGUUUCAGCAGCCAAUUCAAUAUCAAGUUGCGUCUGACGGACGUUUAAAACGUGAUUCACAUGGAUCAGUUCUUGCUCAAACAAUCGAAAUCUACGUUCCACCACAGUGUCGAAUUGGCAGUGUUGUGUCGGCUGAUGGAUGUAACAUUGAAUCGGAGCAGUGUGUUUUAAGAGUUCCGGAACAUGAAGAUCCAUCUCUGGAAACAGUAACAUCGAACAAUCGUCGCGGAAAUAUUAGAGAAGAAGGAAGUUUUAGGGAACGACUUCGUAGGAAGAUAGUCAAUCGGGGAUUAAUGGUUGAAAAUGACGAGUCAUCACGAACUGAACAACUUGAUAACCGUUUACGUACAAUUAAUUUUGGCACUAGUAACAAUAACAACGGUGAUAAAAAUACUAAUAGAAAUGAUAAUGAUUAUGCACAAAAUUUAGUAUAUGGCAUACUUGAUAAUUCAGACAUAGAUAUACGAUAUACUGCAUUGAUUUUAGAAGAAUUGAAAGGUGCAACAAAUUUAACACAUGAGCAAUUAAGACAAGCUGCCCAAGAAAUAACAUUAGGAAAUACUAACAAUACAAAUUUAAGUUCACAAUAUACGUCAUUUGCAUCCUCAUCCUCCUCCUCCUUCUAUAGUUCUCCAGGCACUCUACCAUCAGAUCAAGAAUUUUUAUUUAAUAAUACAAAUACUUGUGUAAAUGUGUGA